AUGCACACCCUAUCCAUCCUCACUGGGCUGCUCGCCCUGCUUCCUGGCCCGCUGGGGGUUACCGGCUCGGCUAUUCCACUCGACAGUCUUCAGUCCUUGCUCGGUCCCUACCACUCCAGUCAAGACUCGGAAUCAUCCCCAGAAAAUGCAGAUGCGCUCAGCCGCCCAUCCUGGUUCACAUCCACCCUGAUGGCACGACGCCUCCUGGCGCUCUCUCCCUCGGGGGUUGUUUCUACUGUAUUCCCCGACCCACUCCCACCCUCCACACACGCCCCAUCCUCUGUAGCCGGGCUCUCCAUCGGUCUGCGGGAGUACGUCGCCGACUGCGAUGGCGUGCUGCCCUCCGAGGUGUCGCCUGGGGACAGCGGCAACCCGACCAUCCUCGCCCUCCGCGUGGCCACCACUUUUAGGAACAUCGCCGCAGGAUCAAACCUCAGCCUCGAGCUGGACUGGUGGGACCACCUCCACGAGGCUGCCCCCGUCUACCCCGGGCUGCCGCUGAGCGCCGCCGGCCUGCCCCGGGUGACGCUGUUCGGGUACCUGGAACCCCUUCCCUCCCCGCUUCCAGAGACAGCAGCGACCGCGCUGGAGAAGUGCUUCCUGGCAUCACACCCAGACGCGAGGGUCUGGUUGCCCGGAGCGCUCGGGUCUCCGCAUUCCAGUUUCUGGGCUAGUCUGGUGGUGACCCAGGCGUACUGGAUUGGAGGCUUUGGUGAUGUGCAGCUGAUCGGCUGGAUGAAUGUUACCGAGUGGAAGGGGAUCGGGCGCCAUGCGAGUGAAGUUGGGGUGGGCGAUGGACGGGGAUGGGAGGAUGUGCGGCUGCCGGGGGAGAAGCAGUGA